AUGGCAUCGGGAGAUAAUUUCUCAAGCACCCCUACAUUGGAUGACGUCAACGAUUGUGUUACGGUAAGAGCAAUCGAUCAGCGUAACAUUUAUGGAAGCACAGGUGGUACCGAGCAAAGUGUGAGUAGCCCCAAAAAUGUUGAGGACAAUGACAGUCCACUAGAGAGGAAGAAGAGAGCGAAGACAUCAGCUGUGUGGUCAGAAUUUAGGGAGGUGGUUCUCCCUGGUGGUACAAGGAAGGGAGAGUGCGUUCAUUGUAAAACAAAGUUGAAAAUGACUGCCAGUGGAAGCGCAACACAAUUCAAUAGAUAUUUGAAAAGGUGUGUGAAGAGAACAACUCGCUUGAGGCAACAACAAAUAAAUUUCCCCCCUUCCAGUUCUCAGGGUGGCUCUAUUAUCUUGCCUGCUCUACGGGGCCAAUUCAAUAUGCUAAAGAUGAGGGAGCUUAUUGCACAUUGGGUGCUGAUGCAUGAGCAUCCAUUUUCUAUUGUGGAGGAAGAGGGGUUGAAUACCAUGAUGAAGUACAGGAUUCCUGAAUGGACUCCGAUAUCCUGUAAUACUUGUAAGAAUGAUUGUAUGAGAGUGUUUGAAAAUGAGAGGCAGAAGUUGCUGACUCUAUUGAAAGGUGUUAGGAAGAUAAGUCUGACCACACAUAUAUGGCAUUCAGGCAACCAGAGGAUGAAAUACAUGUGUUUGAUGGAUUGGGUAAUUGAAGCUAAAGUCCACACGAUAUCGGUGGAUAAUGCUUCAAGCAAUGAUGUUGCAGUAAAAGUGUUGAAAGAUAAUUUCCAAGCUAUGGGGAAGCUCAUAUGUAGGGGCAAGAUGUUUCAUGUGAGGUGUUGUGCACACAUCUUGAACCUGGUUGUUCAAGAUGGUCUUUAUCAGAUUAGACACAUUAUUGAGGACAUCCGUGAUACCGUGGCGUAUAUCAAUUCAUCGGAGAGUGGACUAAAGGUGUUUGCAGAGAUUGUUCAACAGCGCCAAUCGCCAUUUCGCAAGCUUGUUCUUGAUUGCAAAAACGCAAUGGAAUUCAACAUAUGA